CCGGGUAAAGGCGUGACGUCACAAAGGCAGGGACAGCAACGGCAAUGUUUACUCGGGCUGUUCAAGUGUUGGAUGACUCACCAUCAUUUGGAAGGACUGCGUCGUUCCUGGCCGUCCCACUUUGGAAUCGAAGACGCCUGUCCGGCUUCCGCUACGUCGUCUAGACUGCGCAUCCUCAGUGCGGCCACUGACGGCGCUAAAUGUGCACUUCCUUUGGCGCAAACACUGCAGCGGCGGGAGGGAAGCUUCGUCGGCGGGGCUGAAGACACCGCGGGAGGCUGGGAGAUGGUAGCAUCCGUCCAAAGUGCUUUGAAAGCGGCCGAUGACGAGACGUCGUCGCCUUAUGGAGACCCUUUUGUGUAGUUUGGCAUCGGGGUUAUUCUGGCGCCGAUAUUUCCUCUUGGCGUCCUUCCCUGUGUCCUCCUCGUCAUCUCCAUCAUCAUCAUCAUCACCAUCAUCAUCACCAUCAUCGGACAGAGAGAGGAGAGCAACAUCUGCAUGCUGCAGCAUCGUCAGCAGUCAGGGUCUGCAUAGGCUCCAUCUCGGCUGAAGCCCCCACCAAGCGAUGCCCAGGACUGUUCCACCUUCUGGGAUUGAGGCCGCAGCACAGCUCCCUGGGAUAUAGACCUUCUGCCAGCAUGUUGCAGGCCUCCAGCAGAGCCGGCGGCAGGCGGACCAGAACAUCACCUCCUUGGAGGGAGUGUUGGCAAUGGGCCCUGUGUUUGGGCCUCCUCUGGCCCCCGGGGGCCGUGGGGUCAGCGCUCAACUGCCACAAGACUUGUAUCUGCGCCUCCAACAUAAUGAGCUGCUCCAAGAUGAAUCUGACCAGCAUCCCGACGGGGCUGCCACUCUACACGGCCGUUCUGGAUCUCAGCUACAAUGACAUCACAAGCCUGAGGUCAGAGUGGACUCCUGUGAAGCUCCCCAAACUCCGCAACUUGCUGCUCAGUCACAACGGCCUCCUCUUCCUGUCUUCAGAGGCCUUCAACUAUGUGAAGAACCUGCGCUACCUGGACCUGUCCUCCAACGGCCUGCAACAGCUGGAUGAGUUUGUCUUCGAGCCUUUGGUCAACCUGGAGGUUCUCCUGUUGUACAACAACAACAUUCACCAGAUCGACCGCUCGGCUUUCAUCACCAUGGUCAAUCUCCAUAAGCUCUACUUGAGCCAGAACCAAAUCUCCCGAUUCCCCGUGGAGCUUGUCAAGGAAAAGUCCCGUCUGGAGAAACUCAGCUUGCUGGACGUGUCCUCCAACAAGAUUAAAAUGUUGCCCAUUGAUGAGCUUCAGGUCCUGCCGGCCUGGAUUAAAAACGGCCUGUACUUCCACAACAACCCCCUGCUGUGUCACUGCGACCUCUACACCCUGCUGGCACACUGGAACAUCCGCAAGCUCAACUCAGCCCUGGACUUCAAGGAGGACUUCACGUGCGUCAUGCCAGGCCCGCAGAAAACCCGAGUGGGGGUUUUUGAUCUGAGCGGCGACACCAUGAACUGCAGCACGUUCAAGGAGGCCGAGCAGGAGGCCUUUCUGGAGCAGUCGCUGCUUCUGGGCUGCGACACCAAACACAGGAACAUGUUCAAAACCUGGACACUUCCUGGUAAUGUGGCAGUGGUGCCAGGAGGCAACCAGACUGCCCGGGUCCUGCCAGACGGCAGUCUUCAAGUUAGUCCGGUCAGAUCUGACGACUCCGGAACCUACACCUGCUUUGCCACCAGCGACACCUUCAAUGAGACCAUCUAUGUGGUGCUGAAGGUCCACAACUUCACCAUGCACGGCGGUGGAGAUACCCUGAACACGGCAUACACCACCUUGGUGGGCUGCCUGGCCAGCGUGGUUCUGGUGGUCAUGUAUCUCUACCUGACGCCGUGUCGCUGCUUCUGCUGCCCCAAUAAGGGUAAAAGUAGGGGGGAGGACAGCAUCCACUCCUCCAUGUUGAGCGUGACGCCAACUCACGGGGAGCCGCCGUUCAAGGCCGAGCUGGACAGGCACGUGGCUUUCAUGGACUCCAAGGAGGCCCAGCGCCAGAACGGCAAGCUGAACCCGAAUGGGAACGAGGACGAUGACGACCUGGACGUAGAGGCCAGUUCGCUUAUGAAGGGAAAGAGGAAGAAGUCUGGAGCGGAGUCCAUCAGCUCGGUCUUCUCAGACACUCCGAUGAUGGUCUGAGUGGGGAGGUGACCUCUACUAGCAGCCUUGCAUCAAGGAACAUGGCUAAAGCUAAAGCCAGCUUAGAUGAGACACUUUAUGGGAGUCAAGGUCUUGUUGGCGACCAUCAGCAGGACUUUUCCAGCAUCGUAACGUGUAGCACUUCAUGGAAUGAUGUACUGUGAAGGACGGGCCGUGUCGGAAGAAGGGAAACUCACCAUGUGACAGCGCUAAUGUGGGCGGGAAUUCCAUUGGAGAAAGUAAACUAGCACCCAGCAUCAUAACAAAGACCAGAAGACAUUGCUUCUAGCCUAUGGUAGCGGAGGGGAGGGGUCAGAUCGGCAUCAUCCACCUUCAGUUAUCUGUGGGGGGCGCAGGAUGCUGCAUUAUAGGAGAUCUAGAUGGCGCUAGCCGACGUUUUAGAGAGUAAAAUGUAGCACAACUUGAUAACAACGGUAUACGUAUAUAGAGGUAUAUUUUCCAUGACUGUGUACUCCUACUGUAUUUAUCCAUCUCCUACAUCCAUUUUCUUAGGGUCAAGGGUGAGCUGGAGCCUAUUACAGCUGACUUCAGGCGAGACGCAGGGACCCGGACCAGCCAAUGGCAGGGAGCAUAGACUACUGAGUUUUAGGGUUUCAAAAAAGAAGAAGUGGGAGUGAGAAAAAAAAUGCUGACUAAUGCUGAGUAACCACCAACUGAAAUAGACUGUUCACCGGCUUAUCAAAAGCCCCCCCCCCCCCCCGUGCCCAAAAUAGACAUCAAAUGUUCCCAAAAUGAGUAGCUGUGGCAUUUCCACAUGGCCAUUUUGACGCCCCUGCACAACCUGCAGCUCCCUUGUUUCAAACGCCACCAAUCAUGACGGCACCCCCCCCCCCCACUGUGUUGUGUGGAAACAUCUCGGGUGGGUUCUCUCUGUCAUGCUAGUAACGUGGGAAGCCACCAGGACCAGCGAGCCGUCAUGGCCUCUCAUGACAGAUCAACACUUUUACCUUUCAAUGUCCCGUCUUUGUGCUCCUCCAUCCAUUCCCUCCGAUCCGGGUCCUGGUCGCGGGGGCAGCAGUCUCAGUCUGGAAGCCCAGACCUCCUGGUCCCCGGACACCUCCUCCAGCUCCACAAGCCGUCCAUGCUGGAUAAGACUCCUUCUUCGGCUCGUCUUUGGUGCUGUCGUGCAAAUUCCUAUCAGGCAACUUAGAAGACAUUUUUGUUCUUAACCCCCCCCCCCCUUGCAGAUGCCAAGCGAUGCUAUCGGACCGCAGUCGGCCCGCUGUGAGACGGCCUUGCUUGUGCAGCUCAGCAAUCCAGCUGUGCUCAAAGGGAGCAUUUUGCCUUUGCCAUCUAGAGAUGGUGGCAGUGGGAAAAAUGACAUUGGAUCCACAUUUUGGACAAGAUGUUGUCUUUUGGAGGCGUUUGAUCAACAGUCUAUUUCAGUUCAUGGUCAUGCAAUACAUUGCUGACUCCAAAAUGUUUGUGUCUCAUUUGGAUGCUCUACUUAGAGCCUCCAUAAGAUGGAACACAGCAGCGUGUAAAUUCUUUUGGUGGUUUUCGCCACUUUCAAUUUUGAUCAGCAUUCACGCUCACAUUGACGCCUACAGCCGACUUAGCGUCUCCAAUGACCCUCACAUCCACGCACUAAACAUGCUAACUCCGCACAGAGGUACCCAGAUGGAGAUCGGAACCUCUGAUCUCCAGGCCUAGGUCCAGGCCUAGGCCUAGGCCUAGGUCAGCGUGCAGCCCCUCUGCAUGUUCCUGGCGUUAAAAGUAGUAGAAGCAAGUCAUUCCGAUGACACAUGCACGUUGGUCCAAGCGUGUUUCCAGGAACGAAUGGAGAGUAACGGGCCAUCAUGCAUGUUGGAUGUUGUUUAGCGGUUAUGAAGGGGUGGGGUACAGGUACACCACCAUGGACGGACACCACAGAAGGACAUGAAUAAGGAGGAAUGAAAGCUGUCAAAGGGAGCUGGAUGGAUGAGAUGGGUUGCAUCUUGCCACUGUCCUUCAUCAUGAGUCCCAACACUAAAGCCAUUGUCGGAGGCUCACUUCAGCUCCUGGCGUGCGUUUAGCCCUCAAAAGUCAUCCAGGGAAAUGAAUACGGAGUACGGAAAUGCCCACGGCAUUAAUUCAUGUGUUUGCUCAUUAAAUGAAUCCAGCGAUUAGAGAAGAAUUGUAGUCCUUUAAAAGGUGCUUUGGUCUCUUAACAGGAACGUUGUCAGCAUCCCCCCCCCCCCCCCCCCCCCACAUUGGGAUAUAGAACAUCGGGUCUGGAAUAACACAAGACACUAGUUUAGCACUAAUUAGCACUAAUAGUGUGGGCCACUUUGAAGGGUGCAGACCUCUUUCCAACAUCCCUGCAUAUGGACAUAUAAAGUAUAUACUGUAUCUGUUGAGUAUUCUAGUUGUACAGUUGCGUAUGUUCUAUCAGUGUACUGCACAUGUGUUGUUGUGUAAUCCGACCGUGUUGCUCAUUUGGCCUGCUUCUGUGCUAUUGUUGUUUUAACAUGUAAGUCUUGACAUACAGACGGAUUUUUAGAUAGCUUGGGUUUGUGACGCCGUUUCCAUCGAUCUCUCCAUUUCCUGUACUGCAUGUCUUCAUCAGGUCACAGGGUCAUGCUGCGGCCUAUCCAAGCCGACUUCAGGCAGGAGGCGGGCUUUACCUUUGAUGAACAAGCCAACAUGCUAACAGGCAGUGAUUAUGUAGCCACAAGUGAUUUUAGCCAGCAUCUGACCUGAAGAGGAGGUCCUGUGACCUGCUUGGGUCGGGCCAUGUCUGAUGCCUGCUGGAGAAUAGAAUCCCUUCAGGAUCACGUCCAUCUCCAUUAGACAGUACUGUUAUGACUCCCACGCAUGACAGGAAGAGCCGACAUCGAGGAUCAAAGCUGCGUCUGUGAACGCUUGGCGGCCACAACCCAGCGAUGAGGAAAACGCUCACGCAUGGCGACGAGGAUGUGGGAUGGAUCUUUGAAAGAGAAAAGCGAAACGAAACGACUGCAUCCGUGAAGGGCAAUCUGGUCCUCUAACCAUACACCAGCCGUCUGGGAACAUUCCUGAGGUGAUGGAUGGAAGCCUUUAGAUUGACAGGUCAAAUGUAGAAUGGCUUUGCAUGGAAUGCUAGGUGGGCGUGGCCUCUGCCAUUUGCGGUAUCACUUGAUUAAAGACUGAUAUUGACACACUA